AUGAAGGAGUGUGUUACAACUUCAAGGGUCUUAGUACUCGUCAAUGGUUCUCCUUCCGAAGAGUUUAGCCCUCAAAGGGGUCUAAGGCAAGGUGACCCCCUGUCCCCUUUUCUGUUCAAUCUAGUAGUUGAAGGCUUACACAUGUUGCUGAGCAGAGCUUGUGAGUUAAACCUAAUCAAAGGGGUAAAAGUAGGUUGUGAGGGUGUGGUGUUAACUCUUUUACAUUUUGCGGAUGAUUCACUCUUAUUCAGUGAAGCAGAGGUGGAGGUGGUGAGGAAAUUGAAAAUGGUGCUAAGGUGUUUCGAAAUCAUGUCUGGGAUGCCAUUAGGAGCUAAUCCUAGGAGGUUAGCUACUUGGAAACCAGUAGUGGAUAAAGUGAAAAGGGUUGCUAAAGAGUUGGAGAAGCUUCAAGCUAAUUUCUUAUGGGGUGGUUCUGAUUCGAAAAGGAAAAUUCGUAUGAUAAAAUGGGAGGAAAUGCCAAAAAGAAUAGACCAAGGUGGUUGGGGCAUUAGAAACUUGAGGGAUGUAAAUAAAUGCUUACAAAUCAAGUGGUGGUGGAGGUUUGGUAGUGAAAAGGAUGCUUUGUGGAAAAAGGUCAUCUGUAGUAGAUAUAAGUUGAAGGUGACUAGUUGGAUUCCAUCUUUAAAUUCAUCCAAUGGGUACUCAGCAGUGUGGAAUGGAAUUAUCUCGGUUGCUGAGCAGAGCAGUAGCUUGAAGGAUUUUUAUUUGCAUAACUUCAAAUUGAAAGUAGGGGAUGGGGUAAGGAUUAGAUUCUGGUCAGAUGCUUGGUGUCAAUCUGUGUGUUUGAAAGAUGAAUUGCCAACUUUGUAUAGGUUGUCUUUGAAAAAAAAAGAGUGCUUGAGAGUCUUGGUUGAUAAAAAAAACCAUAGCAAGGGCUUGGUCUCUUGA